AUGGGUGCCUGUUGCUCUAGACGAAAUGAUGAAAAUGAUGGUUUUAGAUUUCGUUAUAUUGAUGGUAGACGGUAUCAUAAUAUUUCUAGUUCGGUAUAUAUAGGUGCGAACGAUGACGAAGAGGCAGAUCGAUUAAUACGAUAUCAUGAAUCGGUGAAAGAAAUCUGGGGAGGUUUGUUCCAUUCACCGGUUGAAGAGAAAUUAGCACGGGGAGCUAGAGUACUUGAUGUUGGAUGUGGAACAGGAACAUGGCUUUUGGAUAUGGCGCGAAAUUAUCCCAACUCUAAUUUUGUGGGAAUAGAUUUUUCACCAAUUUUUCCAAGUGAAGGUCUUCCGGAGAAUGUUAUAUUCGUUGAUUGCAAUUUUCUGGAUGGCUCACCUUUCGAAGAUUUCUACUUUGAUUUUGCACAUCAAAAAUUUAUGGUUGCAGCCUUCACAGAAGAACAAUGGAAAGAAAAAGUGAUCCCUGAAUUGUUACGAAUAACCAAACCAGGCGGAUGGAUUGAAAUAGUGGAAGGUGGUAAUCUCAAAUCUAAGGGAAAUGCUACACAGCGUGUUGCGCAGGGCAUCGACCAUUACUUUAAAUCAAAAGGAAUGAAUUCUCAAAUCGGCGAAGCUAUACCGCAUUUUCUUGAAAACACGAAUGCUUUCUCAGAAAUCAAAAACGAGAAAAAAUGUGUUACUUUGGGUAAAAAAGGUGGUAAUAUUGGACAAGAGACAUUAAAAUUUUACAGAAAAGUUUUUAGCUCUGUCAGAAUCUUUUUGUCUUCCUCGAUGAACAUCACGCCUGAACAUUAUGAUGCACUUGUAGAAACGAUUCCUAUUGAAGCAGAAAGAUGUCAUUCAUACAUUAAUCAAAGUUCAAAAGAGCUUGACGAGGAGAUGCAAUUACAAAGAGGAUUACCAGCUAACAUUUUUAGAACCCAAAUUGAUAUGAAAUUAAGACGUGGUGGCCUUGGAUGGGAAGAAUCUACGACGACAGUCACUUCGACGGUUACUAAAACUUCGACGGUUACUAGCACUGUGACAGUUACUAACACUAACACUUCGACGGUUACUAAAACUUUGACAGUUACUAACACUGCGCCAGUUACUACUGCCUCAUCUUGUCCAAGAAACGGGGAUGACAAAAAGGGGUCCUUAGGAUGCUUACCACGAUUCAGCCUAAGCGUCGAAGUGAAUUUACGAUUUUUUUGA